CGCCGUCGUUCAACUUGUUACUCUCCGUGUUGAGAUUAAAGUCGUUCGCCUAUUGCUUCGUGACAUUGUUUUGGGACUUUACAGCCGUGUUUGAGUUCAUCGCUUCGUACAUGACAUGAGUCAGCUAACCGAUGCUAUUCCUACUGACAACCUCGAGACCGCCAGCUGAGAGAUGGACCCAGUAGUACUCAGCUAUGAGAACAGUCUGCUGCGGCGCUCUGAUGUCUUUCUACUUGAGGGGCCGCACUGGCUGAACGAUCAGAUCAUUGGAUUUGCCUUCGAGUACUUUGUCACUGACUGUUUCCAACGUCUCAACAAGAUGGCCGUAUUCAUCAGCCCUGAGGUCACGCAGUUCAUCAAGUUUAGUGCCGAUGCAAUAGAGCUGUCUUUGUUUCUGGAGCCGCUGGACCUGCCGUCGCGUCGAUGGGUCUUCCUGGCAGUCAAUGACAACUCCAACCAGAGCGCCGGCGGCUCCCACUGGAGCCUUCUUGUCUUCCACCGUAACUCAAAUCAGUUUAUUCACUACGACUCGCAGAAUGCCAGUAACUUGGUUCAUGCACGGCGCAUCGCCAUGAAGCUGGAGCCCUUCCUGGGCAGCGGAAGGAAAGUGCACUUGGUGGAGGAGGACUGUCCCCAGCAGUGCAACAGCUACGACUGUGGAAUGUACGUCAUCUGCAUCGCCGAGAUCCUGUGUGAGAUGGCGAUGGGAGAGAAAGGGCCACAUCUGCCUGUCCAAAACAUCACGCCAGACUUCAUUACGCAGAAGAGGGCGGAAUGGUGCAGACUGAUCCAGAGUCUGGUGCAAAGGUCUUCCUAUCCAAUAACACAUUGAUCGCCUCCAUUCUAUGCCAUUACCCUCCAACAUGAAUGCACUCUCGCGCUAAAUAGAGCAGAGAUAUUUUUUAUUUACGCCAUCGAUUUCACAGCGUCAAACGUUCUGCACGUCUACAGACACAAUAGUUCAUUUGAAAUGCUGUUAGCAUGGGUCUCAUAUUUCCAAAAAUAUGACCUUGAGCUCACAACACGAUGCUUUGGUCCAUAGUUCUUCUUCGAAAAGCAUUAAUUGACGUCUGCAGUGUUUGUUCUAACAAACACAUCAGUUUUAUAUGAAUAUGAAAUAGCUUCUGGGUAUUUAUUCCUAACUGAACAAAUGAAUAAUUGUAAUAACUGUAUUGGCAUGUGUUCCUUUAUCCUUGUCCAACACCGGUGGCGCGAUAAACACUGCAUUGCACCCCCAUGAGUCUAUGAAUGGAACUGCUACACUCAAAAGUUGGAUAUUACUGCUGACGUUUGCUUUAUUCAAACUAUUGUAAGACAAAACAUAACCACCAAAGGAACACCUCAGACUGCAGAAUUGACUCUGAGCAUAGAUGUUGCACGAGUGGAUGUCGAAUGGCUCAUAUUUUCAGAGGCAACAGUGCAAAUAUACUUUUGGCAGAAAUAAAUAAUUUCAAAACAAUGCACAUGAUAGAAGCCUUUAUUCUCGUCCAUACGUGACUGAUGAAUAAACAGAGGUUGUGUACCUCUGAACAUUGUACAUCAAAACAUCAGAUCAGAUCAGUGUUUCUUCACUUUUGAAUGUGUCCUUAAAUCAGAAUCAGAAAACUUUAUUAAUCCCAAGGGAAAUUAUGUUCCUAACAUGCUCUGUACACAACAUAUCACAAUAAAAUGAAAAAGAAAUUAUAUUAUAAAGUGCAAAUAGUAUUAUUCCAAUAGUAUUUACAC